AUGAUUUCCGGCCUCCUCCUCCUCCUCCUACUAAUCUCGACCACCAUCCCCUCACCCACCACCGCCUUAUCCUUCAACUUCACAACCUUCACCAGCAGCAACCAGAACAUCACAUACGAGCAAGCCUUCGCUGCCGAGAACUCCAUCCAGCUCACCCGCAACCUCCUCGGCUCCGAUCUCAACAUCAGCUUCGGCCGCGCCACCUACCGCUCCCCUUUACCCCUCUACGACCCCAAUUCCAGAAACCUCACCGACUUCCGAACCCACUUCACUUUCAGCAUCUCCUCCCAAAUCCAGGACGCCGGCGGCUACGGCGACGGCCUCGCCUUCUUCCUCGGCCCCGUGGGAUCCAGACUUCCCCCUGACCUCACCAAUGCCAGCUCCAUGGGGCUCACCAGAGACGGACAGCUGCUGAACACGACGGCGAAUCGAUUCGUCGCCGUCGAGUUCGACAUUUUCAGCAACGAAUUCGAUCCGCCGACGGGGAGCCACGCCGGAAUCGACAUCAAUUCGAUGCGAUCGGUGGCGAGCGUACCCUGGGAAGGAGAUAUAAUGGGUGGGAAUAAGAGCGAUGCUUGGAUUUCUUACGAUUCUGCUCUUCGAAAUUUGAGCGUUGCGGUGACAGGGUAUGUGGGGAACGUUUCAGUGAUUCGGCGGCUGAGCUACAAUGUCGAUUUGAGGGAUUACCUUCCCGAAGAGGUAACUUUUGGGUUCUCGGGAGCAACACGGAAUCAAAGCGCGAUUCACAGGAUUCAUUCUUGGGAUUUCGUUUCUACAUUGGAAGAAAUCGUUCCUCUUGCUAAUGGGAGUAACCCUAGUCGUCCAAUCGGUGGGAAGAAGAAGAACAGAGUCGGUUUGCUGGUGGGUUUUGGAAUUGGGGGUUUUCUGGACGACGACGGCGACGAUGCAGAGCAGGAAGAAGUUAAUCGCCGGAUGAUGGAUGAGAUACUGGGGAAAGGGACAGGGCCGAGAAAGUUUACUUUCAAGGAACUGGCUAAGGCUACUAACAACUUCAGCGAUUCGCACAACAAGCUUGGGGAAGGAGGGUUCGGCGGGGUUUACAGAGGGUUUAUCAAGGAGAACAAUGAGUACGUUGCCGUGAAGAGAGUGUCCAAAAGAUCGAGACAGGGGAUCAAGGAAUUCGCGGCGGAGGUGAAGAUCAUCAGCAGGCUGCGGCACAGGAAUUUGGUGCAGCUCAUUGGAUGGUGUUACGAGAAAAGGGAGCUGCUCUUAGUCUACGAGUUUCUACCCAAUGGCAGCUUGGAUAUCCAUCUGUUCAAGAACAAGGAUGUGAACUCUCUUUUGUUGACAUGGGAAAUGAGGUACAAGAUCGCCAAAGGGCUGGCAGCAGGGUUGUUGUACUUGCACGAGGAGUGGGAGCAAUGCGUGGUUCACAGAGACAUUAAGUCGAGCAACAUUAUGCUGGAUUCGAGCUUCAACGCCAAGCUCGGCGAUUUCGGGCUGGCGAGGCUGGUGGACCACGAGAAAGGUUCACAGACGACAAUGCUGGCAGGGACGAUGGGUUAUCUGGCACCAGAAUGUGCCACAACGGGCAAGGCGAGCCGCGAAUCGGACAUUUACAGCUUCGGCGUGGUGGUUCUGGAGAUUGCUACGGGGAGAAAGCCUGCUGUUGUGGUGAACCCAGAGGAGGAGCAGCGGCAGCAGUAUGCGGAGCAUUUGACUCAAUGGGUUUGGGACCUCUAUGGAGAUGGAACGUUGUUGAUUGAAGGCCCUGAUUCAAGGCUGGGCAAGGAUUUCGACGAGCGGGAAAUGGAGAGGUUGAUGAUCAUUGGGCUGAGUUGUGCUCACCCGCAUGCCAAGUUCAGACCUUCCAUUCGGCAAGCAUUGCAAGUCCUCAACUUUGAGGCUCCAUUGCCGGUUCUCCCGCUGAGCAGGCCAGUGGCGACUUAUGUUUCGGCCCCAUCGACUGCUGUGUCGUCUACUUUUUCGUCUUCCACCGUUGGUGGUGGUUCUAGCUCUAUGGAUUCAUCAGUGGAAGGUGACAGGAGGAGCUACUUCUCUGCUGAUAUUGCUCCUUCUAGGUUGAAGGUUUCUUCGUCUUCGGUGGAUAGUUUCCAUGUCGCUAAUACAUUUUAG